AGGGAAAGAAGAAGAAACCCGGCAAUGAGAAGGUAAAUCUUGCACGAUUUCUCUCUGGAUAUACAUUGAAUCUCGAAUCCUUUCUGGUUUUUGGAAUUAGAGCUUGUUUUGGAUCGGAUCGGUUGUCUUCUUGAUGGGAAUGAUGGGGUUUUGGAGGGUUUGCUGGGUUUGAGAGUGGUUGGGAUUUCGGAGGUGAGGGUUUGGAUGGAUCUGAGAGUGUAGGUGGGUUUUGGAGUUUGGAGAUUUGGUUUGUGAUGCUGAUGGAGCGGGAGGGGAUGAUGGCGUGGUUUUUGUGGCUGAUCUUGGUGUUUCAGCCUCUGGCUAGGGUUUUGGCUAACAUGGAAGGUGAUGCGCUACACCAGUUACGAACCAAUUUAAAUGAUCCUAAUAGUGUACUUCAAAGUUGGGACCCAACAUUGGUCAAUCCAUGCACUUGGUUCCAUGUUACAUGUAACAAUGACAAUAGUGUGAUUAGAGUUGACCUUGGGAAUGCUGCGUUGUCCGGCUCGUUGGUUCCACAGCUUGGUCAGCUGAAAAAUCUGCAGUACUUGGAGCUUUACAGUAACAACAUAAGUGGUACAAUUCCCAGUGAACUAGGGAACCUGACAAACUUGGUGAGCUUGGAUCUUUACCUAAACAAUUUUACUGGCGUAAUACCUGAUACACUUGGGAACUUGUCAAAACUGCGCUUUCUCCGGCUUAACAAUAAUAGCUUGACUGGUCAAAUUCCUACAUCAUUGACAAAUAUCAAUGCACUCCAAGUUCUUGAUCUGUCAAACAACAAUCUGUCUGGUGAAGUUCCAUCCUCAGGCUCCUUUUCAUUAUUUACUCCCAUUAGUUUUGGCAACAAUCCUUUUUUAUGCGGACCUGGUACGACAAAGCCAUGUCCUGGUGCUCCGCCAUUUUCUCCACCACCUCCUUUCCUUGCACCAGGACCACCAUCAUCUCAAGGAAGUAGUCCCUCCAGUACUGGAGCAAUUGCUGGUGGGGUUGCUGCAGGUGCCGCCUUGCUUUUUGCUGCACCUGCAAUUGGGUUUGCAUGGUGGCGCCGCCGCAAACCACAAGAACUUUUCUUUGAUGUGCCUGCUGAAGAGGAUCCAGAAGUUCAUCUUGGCCAGUUGAAAAGAUUUUCUUUACGAGAACUGCAAGUUGCUACUGAUACUUUUAGCAAUAAAAACAUCUUGGGCAGAGGUGGUUUUGGAAAGGUGUACAAAGGACGACUUGCAGAUGGUUCCUUAGUGGCUGUAAAGAGACUGAAGGAAGAGCGGACACCUGGUGGUGAGCUUCAAUUUCAAACAGAAGUAGAAAUGAUUAGCAUGGCUGUGCAUCGAAAUCUGCUUCGUCUUCGUGGUUUUUGCAUGACACCCACUGAACGUCUGCUUGUUUAUCCCUACAUGGCUAAUGGAAGUGUUGCAUCAUGCCUGAGAGAGCGUCCUCCAUCUGAACCACCUCUUGACUGGUCAACUCGAAGAAGAAUUGCAUUAGGGUCUGCAAGGGGGCUAUCUUACUUGCACGAUCAUUGUGAUCCAAAGAUCAUUCAUCGAGAUGUCAAAGCUGCUAACAUUUUAUUAGAUGAGGAAUUUGAGGCAGUCGUUGGGGACUUUGGUCUGGCCAAACUUAUGGACUACAAGGAUACCCAUGUGACAACGGCUGUCCGAGGAACAAUUGGGCACAUUGCGCCAGAGUAUCUAUCCACAGGAAAAUCUUCAGAGAAGACUGAUGUUUUUGGCUAUGGAAUCAUGCUUCUGGAGCUGAUUACUGGACAACGAGCAUUUGAUCUUGCUCGGCUUGCAAAUGAUGAUGAUGUCAUGUUGCUUGAUUGGGUGAAAGGACUUCUCAAAGAGAAAAGGUUAGAAAUGUUGGUUGAUCCAGAUCUACAGGAUAACUACGUAGAAGCUGAGGUUGAAUCACUCAUCCAAGUGGCCCUACUUUGCACCCAGGGCUCCCCAAUGGAACGGCCAAAAAUGUCUGAGGUGGUGAGGAUGCUUGAAGGAGAUGGUCUCGCAGAGCGAUGGGAGGAAUGGCAAAAGGUAGAAGUGGUUCGCCACGAAGUGGAGAUGGCCCCACACCGCAGCUCCGAAUGGAUCCUAGAUUCAACAGAUAACCUCCAUGCAGUUGAAUUGUCAGGGCCAAGAUGAUCUCUUGCCCACAAGAAAGUUGCAGAAAAAGGAGCUUAUGUCCACCCUUUUUAUUAACCUCUGCAAGUUUGCAAUCUGCAAAGCUCGAUGUUUAUCCGAAGUGGAUCCACAGUGGUGCGUAUUAAUGCAUGGGCACGUUGUGUCAUCGGCAGGAAAUUUAUUGAUGUUGUAUAAUGAUUAGUGGUGGUGGUGUUGUCGUUGUUAUUGUUAUUGUUAUUAUUAUUAUUUUUUAUUUCAUGGCGUGUUGCAGCUGCUUUCUUGGUGUACGCAAAAAUUGCAGGCUUUGCAAGAAGGCAUCUUAUUUUCAGUUUAUGCUGCAUGGAAAAAAAAAUGUUUGUGUUGACAGAGUAAGGAGAACAGUGUGUGACAUCUUCCAUGAAACUAACAAGUUGUUCAUACCUGUAAUAAACUGUAACAUUGUUGUAUUGUUCUAUUUCAGGUUCAA